AUGUCCCAGGCGAACUCAAAAGACAUAAGGAGAGCUAUCAAAGCCUUCGUGUCUCAUGUUGAAUCACUGGAGAAAGCAGAAAACCCAGAGGAAAAUGGAUUUGAAGCAGAAUACAAAUUAAUACAGGAAGCUCAAUCCAAAAACCGCAGAGACAACGCCUUCCCAAUGGAGGCUGGAAAGGCAGAGAGCAACUUGAAGAAAAAUCGAUACAAGGACAUUCUUCCAUAUGAUGAGCACAGAGUGGUUCUCAGUAUUGUUGAUGGUGAUCCAGAUUCGGACUAUAUCAAUGCCAGUAAACUAAUGGGAGCGAGAGGUACAGGCGGAUACAUAGCUACGCAAGGACCCUUGGCUACAACAGUGAGCGAUUUCUGGAGAAUGAUUUGGGAGUACAAUGUGGAGAUCAUCUUCAUGGCGUGUCGAAUAGUUGAACUUGGCAAGAUAAAAUGCAAGCAGUACUGGAACGACAUAGACAAAUCAGAAGAAUUUGGAGACAUCACAGUGACGACAGAAGCUGAGGAAAGCAUCAUGUCAGACUGCAUGAGGCGGAACUUUCAGGUGACUAGAGGAGAAGAAGUGAGACACGUGGUACAGUUCCAUUACUCAGGUUGGCCAGACCAUGGGAUCCCGGAUGAUGCAGGACAUAUCCGGGACAUGAUUGGGAUCAUGAGAGAGACGCGUCACAACAUCCUAGCACCUCUGCUGGUUCACUGCAGCGCUGGUUGUGGACGUAGUGGUGCUAUAAUCACCAUUGACUACGUGUGGACACUGCUUGAAGAGGGUAAUUUUGAUGACACUUUCAGCCUUUUUGAUUUGAUCUGUAGCUUCCGUGAGCAACGUAUGUCUAUUGUACAAACCGCAGAUCAGUAUGCAUUGGUCAACAAAGUGCUGAAGACUCUCUGUGAGGAAUGGCUGACGAGGAUGGCGACCCACACGUAUGAAAAUGUUGACGUCGACCAGGUAAACUGCUGUUUUUUUUAUUACAUUUAUGAGAGGAA